CGCAGGUGGCAGAGCUGCCGGCAACUCCAGGCAGGGUGGCUUCGGGCUCUCCGCCCCCGGUGGGCGGGCCCGGGGCGGAGCACACAGGCGGGGUGGGCCGGGGACGCGAGGCGGAGCGGGGCCCCGCACAGGCCGCGGCGGCUGGCUCGGCCCUACGGUCCCGGAGGCUGCUGCAGGAGGAAGCCCGGUGGCUGCGGAGGAGGGGAGGUGGAGAGGCCGAGGCCGCUCGCAAAGACGCUCCCCGGCUCCGCAGGGAAAGACUCCUAGAAGGUGAGCACGGACGGUAUGCAAAGUUGUGAAUCCAGUGGCGACAGUGCGGAUGACCCUCUCAGUCGUGGCCUACGGAGAAGGGGACAGCCUCGUGUGGUGGUGAUCGGCGCCGGCUUGGCUGGCCUGGCUGCAGCUAGAGCCCUUCUGGAGCAGGGCUUCGCGGAUGUCACAGUGCUUGAGGCGUCCAGACACAUUGGGGGCCGCGUGCAGAGUGUGAGACUUGGACACGCCACCUUUGAGCUGGGAGCCACCUGGAUCCAUGGAUCCCACGGGAACCCUAUCUAUCAACUAGCAGAAGCCAAUGGCCUUUUGGAAGAGACAACAGAUGGGGAACGCAGUGUGGGCCGCAUCAGCCUCUACUCCAAGAAUGGUGUGGCCUGCUACCUUACCAACCAUGGCCGCCGCAUCCCCAAGGAUGUGGUUGAGGAAUUCAGCGAUUUAUACAACGAGGUCUAUAACUUGACCCAGGAGUUCUUCCGCCAUGGUAAACCAGUCAAUGCUGAGAGUCAGAACAGUGUUGGGGUGUUCACCCGGGAGAUGGUGCGGAAUCGCAUCAGGGAUGACCCAGACGACACAGAGGCCACCAAGCGCCUGAAGCUCGCCAUGAUCCAGCAGUACCUGAAGGUGGAGAGCUGUGAGAGCAGCUCCCACAGCAUAGAUGAGGUGUCCCUGAGCGCCUUUGGAGAAUGGACGGAGAUCCCUGGCGCCCAUCACGUCAUCCCGUCGGGCUUCACGCGAGUCGUGGAGCUGCUGGCUGAGGGCAUUCCCCCACAUGUCAUCCAGCUGGGGAAACCAGUCCGUUGCAUCCACUGGGACCAGGCCUCGGCUCGCCCCCGGGGUCCUGAGAUUGAGCCCCGUGGUGAGGGUGACCACAAUCACGACACUGGGGAGGGUGGCCAGAGUGGAGAAAAUCCCCAGCAGGGGAGGUGGGACGAGGAUGAGCAGUGGCCUGUAGUCGUGGAGUGCGAGGAUUGUGAGGUGAUCCCAGCGGACCACGUGAUCGUGACCGUUUCGCUGGGCGUGCUCAAGAGGCAGUACACCAGUUUCUUUAGGCCAUGCCUGCCCACGGAGAAGGUGGCCGCCAUCCACCGCCUGGGCAUCGGUACCACUGACAAGAUCUUCCUGGAAUUCGAGGAGCCCUUCUGGGGCCCGGAGUGCAACAGCUUGCAGUUCGUGUGGGAGGAUGAGGCAGAGAGCUGUACCCUCACCUACCCACCUGAGCUCUGGUACCGCAAGAUCUGUGGCUUCGAUGUCCUUUACCCGCCAGAGCGCUAUGGCCAUGUGCUGAGUGGCUGGAUCUGUGGGGAGGAGGCUCUCGUCAUGGAGAGGUGCGAUGACGAGGCUGUAGCUGAGAUCUGCACAGAGAUGCUUCGACAGUUCACAGGGAACCCCAAUAUACCGAAACCCAGGCGAAUCCUGCGCUCAGCCUGGGGCAGCAACCCAUACUUUCGGGGUUCCUAUUCAUACACACAGGUGGGCUCAAGUGGGGCAGAUGUGGAGAAGUUGGCCAAGCCCCUGCCCUACACAGAGAGCUCCAAGACGGCGCAUGGAAGCUCCUCAAAGCAGCAGCCUGGUCACCUUUUAUCAUCCAAGUGCCCAGAACAAUCCCUGGACCCUAGUAGGGGCUCCAUAAAGCCCAUGCAGGUGCUGUUCUCCGGAGAGGCCACACACCGCAAGUACUACUCCACCACCCACGGUGCUCUGCUCUCUGGCCAGCGAGAGGCUGCCCGUCUCAUCGAGAUGUACAGAGACCUCUUCCAGCAGGGGCCCUGAAAGGUGUCCUCACUGCCAACUGUGUUCCUUAAAGAACCACUGACUCGUGACCACCGGUCCUCGCUCGACCCCUGCCCCUGCGCUCUUAAUUUCCUACUUGUCUGUAGAGUGGAACUUACCUUCUGUAGUGGACGCUGGGCUGACGUCAGACCUGGCCCCGUAGCUUUUCUUUGUCUUCAGGCUGGGUAAUGACCAGGUGGGCUUCUGCUUCCUGCUUUCCUCCUCUUUCCAUGUUAUUGCAAGUGCCUUCAAUACUUUGCAUUUUGGGAUAAUAAAAGAAGUGACCCUUCCCGCUCCUUCGCUUCUCUCCUCA